GGACCGCGACCCCGGCCGCCCCGCGAUGACCGCGACCGCAGCCCUCCUGCCCGUCCUCUUGCUCCUGCUGGCCUUCGGCCGCAGUGCCCAUGGAGCUGAAUGCUUCCCGGCCUGCCACCCCCAAAAUGGAUUCUGCGAGGAUGACAAUGUUUGCAGGUGCCAGCCUGGCUGGCAGGGUCCCUUCUGUGACCAAUGUGUGACCUUUCCCGGCUGUGAACAUGGACUGUGUGUGGAACCCUGGCAGUGCAUUUGCGACGACGGCUGGGACGGAAACCUCUGCGACAUAGACAUCCGGGCCUGCACCUCGACCCCCUGCGCUAACAACGGGACCUGCAUGAACCUCGAUAAUGGCCACUACGAGUGCUCCUGUGCCCCUGGGUUCUCGGGACAGGACUGUCAGAAGAAGGACGGGCCGUGCGUGAUCAACGGUUCCCCCUGCCAGCACGGAGGCACCUGCGUGGACGACGAGGGCCGGGCCUCCCACGCCUCCUGCCUGUGCCCUCCUGGCUUCUCAGGCAACUUCUGCGAGAUCGUGGCCAACAGCUGCACCCCCAACCCGUGCGAGAACCAAGGCAUCUGCACCGACAUCGGGGGCGACUUCCGCUGCCGCUGCCCCACUGGCUUCGUGGACAAGACCUGCAGCCGCCCGGUGACCAACUGUGCCUCCGACCCGUGCCUGAACGGGGGCACCUGCCUGCAGCACAGCCAGGUGAGGUACGAGUGUCUGUGUAAGCCUGAGUUCACGGGCCCCAUCUGUGGCAAGAAGCGCGCGCAGAACCCCCAGCAGGUCACCCGUCUGCCCAGCGGUUACGGGCUGACCUACCGCCUGACCCCCGGGGUGCACGAGCUGCCCGUGCCGCAGCCCGAGCACCGCAUCCUCAAGGUGUCCAUGAAGGAGCUCAACAAGAGCACCCCACUCCUCUCCGAGGGCCAGGCUAUCUGCUUCACCAUCCUGGGCGUGCUGACCAGCCUGGUGGUCCUGGGCACCAUGGGCAUCGUCUUCCUCAACAAGUGCGAGGCCUGGGUGUCCAACCUGCGCUACCAGCACAUGCUUCGCAAGAAGAAGAACCUCCUCCUGCAGUACAACAGCGGCGAGGACCUGGCCGUCAACAUCAUCUUCCCCGAGAAGAUCGACAUGACCACCUUCAGCAAGGAGGCUGGCGACGAGGAGAUCUAAGCAGCGUUCCCACUGGCCCCCCUAUAUCCUCGGGGUCCCGCAGAGCUCACCCCAUGCGGUCUGUUCUCGUCUUUGUGGUGGAAUUUGCUCUCUUUUGUUCCAUCCCUGGUGAACGCUGUGCUUACCUCUGCUCUCUCUGUGUCGCUGUGUGACAAACGCAAUGCCAGAAGAAUCUUCCCUCUCUCUCUUAAUGCAUGAUAAAAAAAUAAUAAGAAUUUCAUCCUUAAA